AUGGCCAUCAACUCAUUGACCAAACAGCCACAGGGUAUGGACUCACCAGGGCGCAGUGGGGCCCGCAUGCUACUGUCUCAUGACAAACGGUACUUCAUCAAAACUCUAGUCAGUGAGGAAGUUGAACAGAUGCACCACCUUCUCAAGCAAUAUCAUCAGCACAUCGUGGAGUGUCACGCUAACACGAUGUUGCCCCACUACCUGGGGAUGUACCGGAUCACGGUGAAUGACGUGGAGACGUACCUAUGCGUGAUGAGAAACGUGUUCAGCCCACGACUACCCAUACACAAGAAAUAUGAUCUGAAGGGCUCGACUGUUGACCGAUGUGCCAGUGACAAGGAAAAGGCAAAGGAGUUGCCCACCUUCAAGGACAAUGACUUCUUGGAAGAUGAGGCUAAAGUUAACAUCGGGGCAGAGGAGAAGGCAGAACUGAUGAACAAACUGACCCGCGAUGUGAACUUCUUGGCCAGUCUGCACCUAAUGGACUACAGUCUGAUCGUGGGCAUCCACGACUGCGACAGGAUCGAGCCCGAGGGCUCGGACAUCAAUGCCCAGAAUAGCGAGUCUGAUGGGGAGCCUGUGAGUGGGGAAGACGAGAACGGGCUCGAGGAACAGGUGCCAGACAUCGGCGGGUUCGCACCCACACCGCCCGACAGCCCACAACCGUACGGGCCUGUGCCGGCAUUCAACGGGGACAUAGAUCCGAACAUUGAGAAGUUCGGAGUGAAGAGUUUGGAAGGAGGACCAAAGAAGGAGAUUUACUUCCUUGCACUUAUAGACAUUCUGACACGGUAUGGAAUGAAAAAGCGCACAGCUCUUGCCGCAAAGACGAUGAAACAUGGCGUUGGGGCGGAGAUAUCCACCGUUCAUCCCGAUCAAUAUGCAAAACGGUUCCUUGAAUUUAUCGACAAGUGUAUAGCGUGACAGUCGAAGCAGUCAAAGUGAUAUUUGUUUGUUAAGUGUUAACGUUUUUACAUGUUACAGGGGUGAGAUUUCUCCUCCUUUAAGCUGUCAGCUCCAUAACAAUGUAAAAAUGAUUUUACAAAUAGGUAUUAACAAUGCUGGAUCUAAAUACAAAUGAAGAGUUUAGUUAAAACCUGUAAGAGUGGUAGGGAAUUUUUCUCCGUUGAGG